UUCCAUUGAUGCAGGCAUCUCUAUUCAGACUGAAGUGGCCUGUGCUCCCAUUACAGGGAUGAACGGAAAGAGCAUCCUGUCUGCCAUGGGCCGACAUACCCCAGAGCACUCCGGUGUGAUGAGUGCAGCGGGCUCAGGAGCUACCACUUCCCCUUGCUCAUCCCGCUCUUCCUCACAGCGGUCGGGAACAGCGGCCCACACGCCCGGGGGGGGGCAUCGAUCGCCGUGCAUGCAGGCCAAACCUUCAGAGGCUUGUAGCAAUGCCUUGAACCCCAAUGCUGGUUCUACCAAAUCCCCAGUGUCCCCAAAGCUCUCCUCAGAGAAGCAUCGAUCCCUGCGGAGAAGCCCGUCGCCUCAGAAAGGCUCCCCACAGACGUCACCUCAGGUGGUCUUUCUCAAGGACAUCGUCUGCUACCUAUCGCUGUUAGAAAGGGGGACGCCUGAGGACAAGCUGGAGUUCAUGUUCCGACUGUACGACACAGACGGGAACGGCGUGCUGGACAGCUCAGAGCUCGAUCGCAUCAUCAAUCAGAUGGUUCACGUGGCCGAAUAUCUGGAGUGGGAUUCAACAGAGCUGCGACCG